AUGGCCGAUGGUAGUUUUUACAAAUACAUAACCGAAUGCUAUGGUGAAUCUGUGCUCAAUAAGUUCAAAAGCUACGCCAUUGCGAAUUCUAAGCUAGCAAACAUGCAAAGCCGAAAGUCGUUCCUAAUCAACUGCAGAAGACGAGGUAUGUUUCCCCAGCACAUAGUACAGUCCCUGAAAUGCCUGCAUGAGAUGAUCGCAAAAAAUGAAACAUGCCUAGCAAAGCUAGACAGAUGUGUUAAAAAAUUCAAGAAAGCGAUACUGAAUAUUGAGAUAAAGCAAGCUUUCAACAAAAUCAAGAAGUUAAAAGGGAUAAUGGAACAAGUGGGUCCAUCACUAUCGAGCAUAACAAACGAAAACAUCAGUCGAAACUUUUUGCAAACGCAAGCUAUGUCGUUCCGAACUAAAAUGACGAAACGAACCAAAACCGCACAUAAAAAGCUGAGCGAUAUACUAGCCCGAACACUAACGGCACCAGGAGCGUUAACAACCAACGAUAAAGCGAUUUUCAACGCUACAAAGGUUCAAGUCCCAGCGCAGACUCUAACCCUGCUGAGUCUCGGUCCAAAAUUUGCAUUAACGCCGACAAAUGUCAACCAAAUUCCGAUGUUUCAUGUACUGGCCGAUAUAGAAGAAAUUAUUAGAACACACGCCGACAAACGAACUCAAGACGAGAAUCGUUGCAGAGCCAUCAACAUAAUACAAAACUAUGUCCAUGGCUUCCACUCGCAGAUCGAUACACGUGACCCUACGGUGGCCUUUUGCAAUUCUUCCAUCAGAGAGACGAAAAAUUUCCUUCGGUCACACCCAGACUUAUGCAUUCUUUCGUCGGAUAAAGGAAAACGGACGGUUAUUAUGGAAAAGAAAAUGUAUGAAGAGAAAAUGCUAGCAUUGGUGGGCGACGAAGGAACGUACGCAAAACUAACCAGGGAUCCAACGAGUGGAAUUCAAAAAACGAACAAUAACCUGGUAAACAGAUUAAAAAAUUUAAAGCUGAUCGACUACACAACUGCCAAACACCUCACUGUUAAUAAUUCCGUAUGUCCACGCAUCUAUGGUCAACCAAAAGCUCAUAAAGAAAAUCUCCCCCUACGCCCAGUAAUCCCCAACAUAACCGCCCCCACUUACAGACUGUCAAAAUUCUUUGCGAACAUUUUAGCAGGCUCGAUCAAAAGCACGUACAGCACCCACAGCUCGUUUGAAUUCUGUGACGAGAUAAACAAGGUGAUCUUGCCAGAGGACCAUAUUAUACUUUCUCUGGAUGUGGUAUCACUGUUUACGAAUGUUCCGAGGGAAUUGGUCACCAGGAUGAUAAUUGAGCGGUGGAGAGAAGUUGACACAAAAAUCAACCUAGAUUUGUUUCUGGAGGCUAUUAGUUUCUGUAUGGAAUCCAGUUACUUCCAGUACAAAAAUCAACAGUUCAAACAGAUUUACGGUACCACAAUGGGAAGCCCUCUUUCACCAAUAUUGGCGGACAUAGCGCUAGAUUCGGUUAUAGACAGGGCACUAACUGAACUGCCAUUCACCGUCCCCAUAAUCCGUAAAUAUGUGGACGAUCUUUUCCUGGCGGUGCCAAAAGACAUGGUACCUAAGGUGUUGGAUGUGUUUAACAGACAGGAACCGAGGUUACAGUUCACGGUUGAGGUGGAAAAAGAAGGAAAGCUACCCUUUUUAGACAUGAUCGUGAUUAGACAAGAAAAUCAGCACCUUACGACGGAAUGGUAUACCAAACCAAUCGCGUCAGGAAGAAUGCUAAACUACCAUUCAUGCCACAAAAUGCAGCAAAAAGUUAACGUUGCGGCGAACUUCAUUUACCGGGUCAUGGCGCUCUCACGGCAUAGCAGCAUACAACAUCAAACAAAAACGAUACAUCAGCACUUACAUAACAACAACUACCCGAAAACAUUAAUAAACAGACUUAUCCAGAAACAAAUUUCGAAGACGAAUAGCAGAUGGGGAUCCAAUGUCAACUACACGCCAGCACACAUUUCACCUUCGCCACCACCACUUAUAGUACCAUCACCACCUCCGGUGCAGCAGAAUCCACAAACCAACAGCCAACAUGAAACACCAACAUCGCAGCCAGCCAAAAACGGAAUCCCGCAAUCCAGUCCAAGGCAAGAACAAACCAGCGAGAACAUCAUGCAGCCAUCAGCAACCAAACAGCAUAUCCAGCAACAGCCUCAAGAUCAUUCCAGUUGCACACAACAGGUAAAGCUGUACCGUUCGGUCCCGUACGUCCCAUUGCUAACAGAACGACUGGCUAAAAUGCUCAAACAUGACUAUCCACAAUACCACAUAGCAUGCAGACAAACACACACAGUCAACCAAUUUCUCUCGAAACUCAAAGAUCCACUCAGAAAAACAGACAACCAUAGUGUAGUUUACAAAAUACCCUGUAGUGACUGUAGCAGUUGCUACAUUGGCAUGACGAACAACAAACUGAACACAAGGCUAUUGAGUCACAAAUCUAAUAUCAAACGCAUAGACGAGAUUAUCGCUGGUACCCACACAACAACAACAAUAGACGAGAUGAGAGAGAAAACAGCUCUCAUACAGCACUGUGUUGAUUUCGGACACAGAUUCAACCUAGACAACACUACCAUCCUUGACCGUAGUAGAACCCCCAACACACUUCCAUUCCUUGAGAUGUGCCAUAUAUACACCACACAACAAGCCGUCAAUAAGAGAACAGACAUUGCCGGACUAAAUACAGCCUAUGCCUCUCUUUUGACUGGUAUAACAAACAAUAGCCCAUCUCCCUCUAAAAUUAGCUCGAAUAGCAAUAGCCAAACUUUCAAUAACCAAGAUACCAUUCCAUAG